CAGCCUCUCAGUUAGGACGUGGAGCUCUUGUCGUGCACACGGACGCUCUCUGUCGCAUGUGUUUAAUUGGUUUUUUAUAUAUAUUUAUUUUUGUGGAGCUACCUGUGACUAGUCGAUGAGAUUUAUGAUGUGAAUGCGCAGUUGCACAAGACGUGAAAAUGCUGUUAGUGUCAGUGCUCGUCGCGGUGUUCCUCGCCGAAACUUCACACGGAUUUAACGAAAGCGAUCUGGUGGCCUUGGAGACGUCGUGCCAUCCCGUCGACCCCUGCCGACGUGACGCCCUCCCGCCCCCGUCGUGGCGUGGGAGGAACUGCUUCUGCGACGAACACUGCUUGCAAUACGCCGACUGCUGCAUCGACGCCGACGCGUACGACGCCCAGACGUACCAAGCGAACGCCGGAAAGUUCACGUGCGUCGGCCUAAAGCAGUAUGGCGACGUGUACAUGAAGGGGACGUGUAGCGACGACUGGGAGGAUAACGAGGUGGCCGCCCUGUGCCUCGAGGGAUCGCCCGCGGACAAUCUAGGGCACGAGGAUCUGCUGGCGAAUCUCCCCGCCACCAGCGCCGCCUCCAACGUCACCUACGUCAACUACUACUGCGCCAUCUGCAACAACGACUCACACUCGCUCACGCUGUGGCAGUCACGCUGGGAGUGCGAGGGUUUGGGCGGCCUGCGCUCGACCCUUUCGCAAGAUGCCGCCGCGUCUGGCAUCGCGUUCAAAAAUGGAAACUGGGGCGUCGACUUGGAGAUCAACGGGACGAAAGAAUAUCACGUUUGCACCCUGUAUCCGAGCCUUCCCACGACCUUGGCGGACGUGACCAGACCUUGCCAGGCGGCAAUCAGCUCCUGCGCGGCCAGUUGGACGGACCAGAAUGUUGCAGAUCUUUGCCAGUCCUACACCGCCGUCGUGUACAAUAACACAGUGCCUUACCGAAACCCACACUGUGCGACGUGUAACUAUCUGGAGGAGGAGAAAACGUCCUGCCUUAGCCGCGAUCUGCAGCGGAACCAGAAGGACCGUUUUUUCAACUUCGAGGCGUUUGCUUUGCUCUUUGACUUUACCGACGCGAGCGGCAGCAACAUCGUCGGAUCCACGUCGCCGUGUAGCCGGUUCGAAGUCUGGGACCCUUUUUUCGAGAAGUGCCGCAGCGUCGUGUGCGGAAAGGAAAAUCAAAAGUUCGAGCGCGGCAAAUGCGUCGACGUAAGUGAUUUUAACGCGACCACAAGUAGCGAGCCAAGCACCGCCGCGUCGACCACACCAGGGCCUGUUAGCACGCCCUACGCCAACAGAAACAUUCCCAUUAUAUUCCCUGACGAUCCUGCCUACUCCACGGCGCCACCCAUCACGCCCCCGCCCGCCACAACCAUGCACACGCCCACCAACACCACCGUGCUCUCCAACACCCCCGCGUCCUCCAACAGCUCGGCUCCGAACCUGGUGUGCAACAAGGUGUUUUUGUCCGAGGACGAAUUCACGCUCGACGAGGCCGGGACCGUCUACGUCGCGAACUACGGGCUCAACUACACCUUCAACGAGUACGUGGUGCAGGAGGGCGGCGUCCUGCUCUGCGCCCCGACCUACGAUCACUCAAAGUUCUCGGCGGCCAUGGGCUGGGUGACGCUGCUGUGCCUUGGGGUCUCGUGCGCGUGCCUCAUGGUCCACCUGGUGGCCUUCGCGAUGGUGCCCGACCUGCGCUUCCUCUCCGGGAAAAAUCUGGCGUCUCUCAGCGUAACCCUGAUCCUGGCCUACAGCGUCUUCGUCGCCAACGUGUUCAGCGAUCUGCAAGGUCCGGGCUGCGUCGCAAUGGCUACCGUCCUGUACUACCUGUUCCUGUCAUCCAUCUGCUGGAUGAACGCCGUCGCCUUCGACAUCUGGCUUACCUUCCGGCGGGGCAAGACGGAACUCCGUGUGACCGCAGGGAAGCAGUGGCGGAAAUUCGUGGCUUACUGCGCCUACAGCUGGGGAAUCCCCGCCCUGGCCGCCGCCCUCCUGGUCGUGCUCGACCUGCAGCGCCCAGAAGUGAUUGUCGAGGAGAUCCUGCCGUACCUGGGUCAGGGCGAGGGCUUGUGCUGGUUCGGGCAGCGCAGGUCGCUCUUCGUGUUCUUCGCCAUCCCCGUCGCCUUCAUGAUCGUGGUAAACGUCGUGUUCUUCAUCUGCACGGCCCGCAUCAUCGCUGAGACCACCCUGUCCACCUCGGCCAUGACGUCUAGCUCGCACCAUAAGAGCCACUACAAGAUGUACCUGCGCCUCGCCGUCCUCACAGGGUUCACGUGGCUCAGCGGCAUCAUAGCCGGGUACCUGCAGGUCGAGGCGCUGUGGUACGUGUUCGUCGUGUUCAACUCGCUCCAGGGCGUGUUCAUCUUCCUGGCCUUCACCUGCCGCAGGAAGGUGUGGCGCACGAUAGGCCUCCGGAUACGCCGCCUGUACCAGAGGGGGUCCUCCUGGGUGGCGCGUCGGGUCGGGCCCAACAGCCAAGGGGUCGAGCUCAAGGACACCGCCGACGGGCAGUCAUCUGCCACUCCCGCCACGUCGCUGGAUGACUGCUACCAGUGUCUAGCAAAACGUUGGGCAACAGGGUAUGACUUCACUUCCUCGGCGGUCGCAGCACUUGCGCUGAGAGGAUGCUUGUGCGACGAUCUCUGUGGCGAGUACGGAGACUGCUGCUACGACGCGGGAAAUGACGCCGAUCUCGAAUCCCCAUCUGAGGGCGGGAGGUACCGCUGUGUUCCCGACGGGAGCGACACGGGACAAUACAUGCGAGCAUCCUGCCCCUCCGGCUGGGUCGACGAGGAGGUCGCGGCUCUGUGUCGGGCAGCUUCACCGGAACAAAUGUCCUUCCAAGAAGACCCUCUACUCCACGUGCCGGUCACCAGUGGAACGACCAACGUGACGUAUGCGAACUACCAGUGCGCAAUGUGCCAUGGUGAUACGCAGGACAUUACCUUUUGGAAGGUCAGUUUGCAGUGCCCCUCAGUGGCACGCGACAGCGACUUUUAUGUAGAUAAUCUAGUAUUUCGAGAGGGCCAGUGGGGAGUGAUUGUGAAUGUCAGUGAGCAAGAAGCGGUGCACAAAUGUGAUCUGACACUAACCCACAAAAAAAUUGGGAAUUCAAAGAGAAAGUGCAGACUCGUUGUGGACCAGUGCAUGCAAAACUGGGAUGAUGAGACGAUAGAAAAACUUUGCCAUUCAUACACAUCUCACGUAACAAUAAAUGAGAAAUUUUACAAAAAUAACUUUUGCGCUGUUUGCAACAAUGUGUCCAUUACCAAUGAAGAAUGUGACUUAUCAUUUUCCACUUAUGCUGGGAGUGAUGUUGUCACAAUUCUUCGUGAAGACGUAAGCAUUUCUUUUAAACUGCUGAUAGACUUCACGUGCGGAAACGGUAACAACAAGGUAGGAGAAAGCUGUUUCUUUAGUCCGUUCUCCAAGAAGUACUUGAAUCUAAGUGAAGCUUCCGUCAAAGAGAACCUGAUUCAUCCAGACACUAACAAUGCCACUGCCCCCCCUCGUAGCAAUGGAACCUGUAGAAACGAGACGAUUCUCAAGGACGAGUAUACUAUGGUCAACGGAACUGUGAUCAUAAACCUGUCUAAUCGUUCUUACCCUCCAGGGGAGUACGAGGUUGUGGACGAAGGGGUUUCGGUGUGCUCCGCGGAGUCCGACAAGUACUCGUCUGCCAUGGGAUGGGUGACGCUGGUUGGGCUGAGCGCGUCCUCCCUGUGCCUCGUGCUGCACUUGGUCGCCUUCGCUCUCGUGCCUCACCUCAGGAACCUUCAUGGCAAGAACGUGGCAUCUCUUUCUGCGUCGCUCCUCGGUGCCUACGUCACGUUCAUCCUGAGCGUUUUCGCCGAGACGUCGACGACGGAAUGCUACGUGUUCGCGGUUCUCAUCUAUUACUUGUUUGUGACGUCGUUCUCGUGGAGGAACGUCUUGGGCUUCGACGUGUUUUACACGUUCAGGCGAACCAAGCUGAGGUCCGGAGAUCAGUGGAAGAGGUUCUUGCACCUGUGUUGGUUCGGGCGACGUAAGGCCUUGCUGGCGUUCUUCGGCACCCCCCUGUUCGCCUGCAUCGCCAUCAACGUGGCUUUGUUCGUCGCCACGACAGCCACCAUCGCCAAGACGAGGCAGUCGGAGAUGCAGAAGACCUCCCCGAGUGACCCGAAGAAGGAGUUCCUCCUGUACCUCCGCCUGGCCGUCCUGAUGGGGAUCACGUGGAUCACUUCGGUGUUGGCUUCGGUCCUACGUCUGGAAGUGCUGUGGUACGUCUUCAUCGUCUUGAACACUCUGCAGGGCCUCUUCAUCUUCCUGGCCUUCACGUGCAGGACCAAGGUGUGGGAGGCCAUCGCGCAGCCUUGCCAAGCGCUCUCCUCCGUCAGCUGCUGCACAAGGCAUGAGUCAGAACCUCAGUCGAGUGAUCAGGGCGGAAUGUCCUCAAGCUCGAUCAUGACUAAGAUGACCCCCGGCCAUUCAGAUUUGGCCAUUCAUUCCUCAAACCCAGUGUUAACGCUCAAGUUUUCGACGAUCAAUACAGUUUAAAAUAUAAAUAUUUUUAUGUAAACAGUUGUACAAGGUAAUAACCAAAUAAACGAACGUACAAGUAGUUUCAUGCUCACACUUUAGAAAAAGAACACUUAGUCACCAAAAACAGACGUGUAUUCGUCGUCGUUGUCUGGUUGUCUGUGGCGUCGGCCACAGACAACCAGACGACGACGCUACGAUACGAAGAUGAGGAGGAGUAAGAGGAGAAAGAAAAGGAGGGGAAAGAAGAGGAAGAAGAAGAAGAGGAGGAGGAGGAAGAGGACAAAGAAAAGGAGAAGAAAGAAGAGGAAGAA